AAGGUACUGCGAGGAUCAAGAGAAAAUAAACAUGUUUUCGCGAUCCUAAUUCGAAUCGCAAUCGUCGUCGUAUGGUGCGGUCAGUGAUUGAUUCGAGGUUCUCAGAUAGUGAUUCGGCUAGGUAUUGUGCGUGUGGAGUGGAGAGAGAAGAGGCGGUUCCUAAUUCGGAUUCGUAGAUUUGGGGAUAGACGAAUAGUUCGCGUACUUCAUCCGCGCAUAUCGGAUUGUGUAUAACCACCAAACUACUGAUUUAUUGGACGUGAUAGGCUCUUCAGUCAAGUGAACGCAUUAAUCACCGUGCAGAAAUGGUUUUGUACGAAUCGAGCCACACGCACGGACCACUGGACGGUUCUCUGUACGCGACCAUCCUCAAGAGCCCGAAAUCUCCUACCGGAAGUGGAAGCGCAGGGCAAACGACCCUAAUCUCACCGCCGGCCGAAUUCAGCAACGGAAAACCGAUCGCGAACGGACACCACCGUCCGGUUCCGCCACCGGUAACGCCUCCGCCGCGCAGUUCCUCGUCCCUAAGCUCGACGACGAGCUAUAGCAUCUACGAAAGUGCCAAACGCGGUUACCAAAGUGCUACCAGCGGCGGUGGAAGUCCGGUCGCUGCUGUGCAGGGGGGUGGCGGCGGCAGCAGGGGACCCGCAGUGGGUGGUGAAAGUGCUAAUAUUAGUCAUAGUGAAAGUAGUGGUAAUAUUGUUGUUAGUAAUAGUGCCGGUGGUAGCUACCGAAAUGUGAUAGAGAACGGGGGCAGCGGGGCUGCUACGUACGAUCAAAAUCAGAAUCUUGUUAGCCAAAGUCAUCAGGUGCAGCAGCAGCAAACGCAAAUCCGAAGUCAAGCCGAUGGGCGCGAAUCGGUGCGAAGUCCGUUGACACUUUCCAUGGACUCGGGCAUCUCGAGCAGUGGACCCGUUAAUCGUCGCCUACAGGGCUCGAGUGUGUCGCCAUCCAGUUUCCCCAGUCAAGCCAGUCCGCAAGAUGAUCGCCAUCGGGAAUUGGACGAUCUGCUGUCCGACAUGCUGAUGACGGUUCAAGGCAUCCCCGACGUCGGCCGCAGCAAAGGUGGAGCACCCACAACAACGGCAACGCCAGCGACGACGUCAGCGCAAGCCACCCACCAUCAUCAUCACCAUCAUCACCACCUUCACCAUCAUCAGUCGUCGUCGCAGCAGGCGAGUGAUCAUUUCGUAAACACCAGCACCGAUACCAUCAAGCGAUCGCACUCGGCCCAGCUCCCAGCGCUCAGAGAAUCCGCCAAAGAGCGCGAGUUACUGCUGUACGAGACGAGCAGCACGACGACCACCCUCACGCCGCCUCCCAGCGAGAGCGGCCGCGAGACUCCGCUGCUGAGCAGCGCCUACUCAACCAUCCGCGAUAAGCGGGAUCUCUGCCUCACGCCGACCGAGCGCGAGCUGCUCAUGAACCUGCAGCAACAUCAGUCUUUCGGCUAUCCCCGUCAGGCGCGGUCUACUACGGGAGCUUUGGAACGGUUCACAUCGGACGACGACGACGAUCAUUACGGCGUAGGCGGCGGCAGCGGCAGCAAACAGAUUCCCUAUCACGCCCGGGAGGAUUCGAGACCCUUCACCUACGGCAGCAUACCGCUAACGGGUACGCCCCAAAACCCGCCCGCUUCGACCAUGCUCAAGAUGCAGUCGGGCCUGUCGAGUCCGUCGAUGGUGCGCAAGGCGAUCGGGGGGACGCCAACGUCCGCUCGGAAAUCCACCGGAAUGGGUGGCGGCGUUGGCUCGGCGGCGGCCGCCGGUUUGGGCGGUCGCAAUUCCGAGUUCGAAGAAAUGCUACGCGAACGGCGCGAAAAAGUGUUCAGUGAAAAGUACACCAUCGGGGAUCAGUCUCCGCGGGGGACCGACACGGUGGACAAUCGGUGGAACUAUAGCACCACGAUCCGGACCACGGUGGAACAGCAGCCAGGUGACCACAACACCAACGGAUAUCUUCUGCACGAGCCGCUGAAACGGUCCAACACCAUGGACGGCAGCUUCGGACGGCAAUUCUCCCACGAUGGGUAAGUGUAUUGAUUUUUCAUUUUUU